CACUCGAUGCGUUUCGUGAAUUGGAAUCAGAUGCAGCUUGAUCAUAUACGAAGUAAGUUUUGCGAGCUUAGCUACUGUGAAGUAUUUUUAAAUUAUUGUUCAGAGAAUGAUUUUUUAAAAUCUUGUUUUGUUUCUCAACAGUUACUGAGAGAGUUAUAGCUGUUCAAAAAAUGGUUUAUCUUUCAAUUUUGCUGAUUUCGAGUCUACAAAUAAUAUUUACCACUACCCAAGAACCUCCAAUUUUGUAUCCCCUUUCAAUUCCAUCGGAUGCCGGAUUAGGUGAUAGUUUUGAUAUAGCAUGUAUCUUAAAACGAGGAAAUAUUCCCGCAAAUUUUGAAUGGAGUUUCAAUGGAAUUAAGCCAAUGAAGAGACUGGGUAUUCAAAUUAACACAUCUCAAAAACGAUCUAAUUAUAUCAUAGACAGUAUAUCAGCCUCAGAUGUUGGAAACUAUUCUUGUACUGUUUCUAAUGCAGAUGGAUCAGACUCAGUUAGUGCAACAUUACAUGUGGAAGGUAAAACUAAAACUAAACUGAAAGUGUGGGACACUUAUCAUCAUCUAAAUAUGUUUACUUUGAAAUUGAUGGCGCUUUUCCUUUUUCAAUCAUUUUUUUCAGCAUCGUCUUCUGAAGUUCCAGUUCUUCAUCCUUUAUUCAUUCCACCCAAUCUUGGCAUAGGAGAUGGCUUAGAUAUAACAUGCAGUUUGAAACGAGGGACUCUUCCUAUAACUUUCGAAUGGUUACUGAAAAAUAGAAAAAUAAAUAAUGUAUCUGGAAUAAGAAUAAAUACUUCCGAAAGAAGAUCAGUUUUGGUUAUACAAAAAAUUGAUGUGGAACAUAUCGGAAACUAUUCUUGUACAGCAACUAAUAUAAAUGGAUAUGACACAGUCUUAACACACCUUACUGUAGAAGGUAGAGUAUUUUCAUAG